AUGCUACAACUGAUUGAGCUUCUUACUAUCUUCUUUGGUGGAAUAGACUCUUUUUAGACAAUUUUUAAACAAUUUUGGAGAUUCUAAAUUAUUAAAAUAGUGUCUUUUUUUUUAGCAUAAAAUAAUUUUUCAAAUAAAUCAAAUGGGAUGAAAUUUUUGCCAUUCCUAAUAUGA